UCAAAAUAAGGACACCGUAUAUUAGUAUUAAUUAUCUUCUUCUACAGAUAGUUUCCCAGAUUUAAUGAAGUAAAUGAAGAGAAAUCGGUCAACUCCAUUCCAAUGGUAGUUCAAUGCUUAAAAUCAAAAUCAGAAGACUCCCUCCAUAUGUUCCAGAUUUCGUACUUUAUAUCUAGGAGGAAGAAUUAUCAACCUUCGAAACUUUAUGGGUUUUUCGGACACAACCUCAAAAUCCAGCUCAUUAAGCCCAUUUGUUCUCUCAUAUUCAGUUGAGUUGACGAUCUAUUUGUCUAAAUCCCUCCAAAUCCCUUAAAUCGAGAAGUGAGAUUCUUUCUGUGAUUAGGCUUUGAUCAACCAAGUCUUCCAUCAUGGAGGGCACUCGAUAUAUGGAAAUCGGAGAUUGCAUCUAAUUCAUUGGUUUAGUUGAAAUUUUGAAUGGGUAAACCCAAUUGGUGCUGUAUUUCAGUUUACGGAGUUGCAGCUGGUUAUCUUUCUAUACGGUCUAUCCUUACUGGAGAAUGUCUAAUUAGCAGUAUUUGGAUAAGUGGAUGAAAGAUAUCAUCUUUAUAAAUGCAAUGUGAAAUUUAGGAUCCUUGUUAGUGCCUAAAAGUAGCAGUUUUUCAGCAGAUAGUGUUAUACUUACAAAUUAGGAAGGGCUUCAUUAGGAACGUGUAAUGUUACAUCCAUAUCAGGAAUGUCUGCUCUGGAAAUUCUAGUAUAGACAGUUGAGCAUCCUCAUUCCUGUCAGGUUUUUCCUGGCUAAAAUCACGGGUCUGAACUAGGUAUAAAUGAUAGAGAUUUUCACCUAGCUUUCAAGUACCUAUGUCAGUGGAACAUGGUUAAACAAUUCUGAGUAAUUGAGAGAAGAAGGAAAUUACGAUUGCUAAGUAAUGGUUAGGAUGUGAAUAUGAACUACAUGUUCUUGAGCAAACUCUUGGCUCAUAAUGAUGUUACCCGGAAUAUCAAUGUGUGUGAACCCUGAACACUUUCAAUGAUGGUUAGGAUAUGGAUGAACUAAAUACUUCGAUGCAUUUGAACUCUCAGCAGUUUUUGGAUUCGUGAGGAGAUCUUGUAUGUUCCUGCUUAUGUUAAUCAUCAUGCACUAUGACCUAGAGUAUAUUUUAGGUGUAUAAAUGGUAGCUAACUAUACAUGACACUUUAGUAAUUGUGUGUGUUUGAACCAUUUUUCUAGUGGAAGACGAGGAAUUGAACCCACAGAGGUGCUCUAAUAGUCCCAGUCGACUCCAACUUCCAAGAUUCAAACAGUACAAGUGGUGGUUUCAAGUGUUUCUGUUCAUUAUUCUUAUUAUUGUUGGUGAAUCUGCUGCUACUCUUUUAGGCAGAUUUUAUUUUGACAGUGGGGGGAACAGCAAAUGGAUGGCAACUUUUGUUCAAGAAGCCGGCUUCCCCAUCUUGAUCCCUUUCUUGUUUUUCUCCUGGGGAUCGACAAACCCCCAAUUGAUCAAUACCUCAAACAUAAAUGAUCCAUCAAGACAUCUACCAACAUACGGUCUUUUGUUGUUGUGUCUCUUUUUUGGCAUAUUUUUCGCAGUCGAUGAUCUGUUGUAUUCUUAUGGCCUUUUGUACCUUCCUGUCUCAACCUAUUCUCUCAUUUCUGCCUCCCAAUUAGCUUUUAAUGCAGUCUUUUCCUUCCUACUAAACUCUCAAAAAUUUACUGCAUUAAUCUUGAAUUCGGUAUUUCUCCUCACCAUCUCAGCCUCACUUCUCGCAGUCCAUCCAGAUUCAGACGACUCAACAGUAGCAUCAGAAGGGAAGUACAUUCUCGGAUUUCUUUGCACUCUAGGUGGAUCUGCCAUGUACUCACUAGGCCUUUCUCUGUUGGAACUGUCAUUUAAGAAAAUCCUCCAGAAGGAAACAAUUCGUGCUGUUCUAGACUUGCAAAUUUAUCCGUCCCUUGUCGCCACUUGUGUUAGUCUGGUGGGACUUUUUGUUAGUGGAGAAUGGAAAACUUUGCCAAGUGAAAUGCAGAACUACAAGAAGGGCAAAGCAUCUUAUGUAUUGACCUUGUUUUUUACUGCAGUUUCAUGGCAAUUGUCAUCGUUGGGCUUGUUAGGGUUGAUCUUUGAGGUGUCGUCCCUGUUCUCAAAUGUCAUUGACACAAUAUCCCUGCCUGUUGUUCCAGUUUUUGGAGUGAUUUUCUUCCAUGACAAAGUGGAUGGGGUGAAAAUCAUUGCUUUGUUACUUGCUAUUUGGGGUUUCCUUUCUUAUAUGUAUCAGCAUUAUCUUGAUGGUGCAAAUGUAAGAAAAUCCAUUCCUCAUGAAGAAGACGCUUCUACUUAAGGUCUAGCUGAAACUGAAAUAUUUGCCUUCUCUUGUUAUUGGAAUAUUUGAAGGGAAUCUAUACAUUUAAGUCUUAUCUGAUUCACU